AUGAAUCAGAAUUCUGAGACAAUCAAGUUAAUUCUCCCGAAAAGAAGAACUCCAAUAGGUAGCUUUUCAGUUUCUGACGAUGGAGAAUUUCUCUUCAUUUUUAAAGAUACUAUCGGUACUUAUGACCCCUACCCGAAGUUGGUUAAUGAAUUGACUGCUGACCGGCCUAACCAUUUUGACUGUAAUAUACGAUAUUUCGAUGUUUCUGAAGUCGAUUCUUUUGUAUUUCCCGUCAAGUUUGUUGAUCGUGAUCAAACGCCGUCAGUUGACGUUCCCUACAUUAUAUUUUCGUGCUGUGAUCGUUCUUCUCAAAAUGUUGAAUCUGCAGAAUACCGCAAUCACAUGUAUCGUAACGCCGAAUGGUCGCCAACAGGGGUCGAUCAAAUUUCAAGGUCUAUUUUUAGUUGUGUUACCAGCGAUUAUCAGUUAUAUUAUACCUUUCGUGUUGGAGAUUGUUGGUCAGGAAAGACGUGCCUAUCCGAGUCUUGGUUCGCAUUUUGGAGUUCUCAAGGCGUUAGCUUUUUGUCUGAAAGUUGGAGGAGCUUUUUUGAGCUCCCCGAUAGCUACACUGAAUCGAGUUUUCCUGAUGAGCUUAAAUUCGAAACUAUGAAUGAAUACCUUUCAUUUGUUGAGGACGUUUCUUUUCUGCAGUCGACUUGGUCGAAGAAGAUUCGGACUACCGAAAGACCGAAAUCGAGCACAAAAGGCAGUUCAAAUGCUCUCCUUGCAGCUCUUCAUAAGUCUGGUACAAUUUCUUUUUGGGAUGUCUCCGUUCCAAUUGUUAGUAGGCAAAAACGGUUUUUCAUGGUUAUUGGCUUUCCCAGUGGGAAGAUCGUAUGCGCCUUCUAUCAGGCCUACGCCAAGCAGAUGGGCCUUCUCUCUGUUUUGCGAAGGGGUCAGUGGGAGCUUUGCGAGUGUUCAUCUGAUCAAAAACCUAUUGGUGCUGUAUGUUUCAAAAACGGAAUUCUCGCCAUUGCCAAAGGAACGCGAGUUUAUCUUACUGAAGUUUUUAACCAUGCGAGUGUCAAAUUUAUUUGCAGCAUUUCAAGUGACGAUAUAAUAAAGCCCAUUACAGGCAUUUGUUUCUAUGCCCCCUAUCUCUAUAUUGCCUCUAACGAUGCCAUCAUUGCUAAAUCGACAAUUCCAACUUUGACCAAAAAGAAGUAUGAAGUGACGAUUAUCAAUCAAUCACCAUCUACGGGAGGUAAUUACUAUCACCGAUACUACAGUGGUCUGCAUAUUUCUCCUAACGGUGUUCACGCCACUUUUCUUGAAGGUUCGGUGGCGCCAACUUACUGUGACAUUCCUACAAACGUUGCUUAUGUGUGUCCUGCGGAAACAGUUCCGGGGAUUCAUACAGUUGAGCUGGGAUUGGAGGUGUGUCCAAUCGCAGUAAUCUAG